AUGGCCACCACUCUUCAGACAAGAUUCUUGGGUGAAGUUCGAGGCAAGAGUCACGACGGUGUGAGUCAAUUUCUGGGCAUUCAAUACGCUACUCUCAAAGACAGAUUCGCAGACGCGGAACUCAUAGAGCAGCGUGAAGGUAGUAUCCUCGACGCGAGCAAGGAUGGUCCAACUGCUUUGUCUCCUUCGUUCGGUUGUGACUUUGAGCUUGGCCACAUCCAACAUAUCCUUCCAAAGAAAGAGCUUCCUCAAUCGGACUUGAACUGUCUCAACCUGAAUAUCACCGUCCCGGCGGGCACAACAGAGAUCUCCAAACUUCCAGUCUUUCUCUUCAUUCACGGCGGAGGGCUGGUGCUUGGAGCUAACUCCUGGCCACAAUUCGAUUAUGCACGGUUCGUCAAGUUAUCUGUUGAAAAGAACUUACCCAUAGUGGCGGUUUCUAUGAAUUAUCGUCUCGGCGCAUUCGGCUUCCUUACUUCCGAUGAACUUCGACGGGCUGGGUACAACGCCAACAACGGGCUCAGAGAUCAGAAAGUGGCCAUGAGAUGGGUGCAAAAACACAUUGCCGAUUUCGGUGGAGAUCCUGAUAAUGUGACACUCGCCGGGAUGAGCGCUGGAGGAGCGUGUGUAACGUAUCACCUCGACUCUGACGAGCAACUCUUUAAGAGGGCUAUUGUGAUGAGUGGUACCUGUUUACUCAUCCAGCCCUUGCCUUACGAUUUACAUGAGCAGAACUACCAGCAAGCCAUUGCGACAUUAGGACUGGCCAAUUCCAGUUCAGAGGAACGAAUCAGGACUCUUUUGGAAACACCGGGUGAGGACUUGGUUGCCAGAAUCCCUCCAGCCGUUCUAGCAGUUCCUGCAAUUGAUGGGGACAUUGUGUCCUCCGCCAUUUCCUAUGCGCAGGUAGCUGACAAAGCUUCUAACUUUCCCCGCGGAAAGAAGUGGUGCGAAGAUCUAAUUAUUGGCGACGCUCAGAUGGAUGCUAGUAUCAUGGCGUUUUUGAUGUCGCAUACGAAGAAAGACUGUGCAAGCAAGUUUGUUACCGCACUGAACACCAUACUUGCAUCCAAAUCGGAUGUUGCGCAACAAACCUUGGACAAGUACAACAUCACAAAGGACAUGACAGACGACGAGGCCUUCCCGGCUAUUCUCAACUACAUGAAUGACAUUGCUUUCUUUGCUCCGGUUCUGACGUUUGCAAAGGGCUGGAAAAACGAUGUAUACGUCUAUCACUUCAACGAAGGGAACCCAUGGGACGGACCUUGGAAAGAUCGAGCAAGCCAUAUCCUUGACUUAGCCUACCUGUUCCAGAACUUCCGAGAGUUUAUGGGGCCAGCCCAGCAGCAACUUGCAAUCACCUUCGCCGAGGACUUCUUCAAAUUCUGCCAUGGCGUGAAGCCAUGGCCUGCCGUUGCCCCGAAUGAUGUAGAAGCUGGCUUCACGGCACGAGUCUACGGUCCUGCACCCAAUGUCGGGCAAGUGAACGGGCCGUACAAUGAGGGAAGUUUGCGAAGAAGUCUUCUCUUCGACCACGCUGACCAAGUGUCGCUAGAUGAGUUUGCAAAGGUACUUGCUUUAUUCAGAACCCUCUAG